CUACAGUGGGUGUUCCCCUGAUGCAGGUUGGAUGACCUUCAGAACCUCGUGCAAUCUCGCGCUCAUUCAACUUGUACUCACAUUUGCAUGCAAACGUCUGUCUCAGUGCAUCAACUAUGGCUGAUAGAGAGAGCUACCUGUACCAGGCCAAGCUUGCAGAACAAGCUGAAAGAUAUGAAGAAAUGGUUCAGCUAAUGACAAAAAUUGCCCAGCUGAACACAGGCUUAACUAUUGAAGAGCGAAACCUCCUCUCCGUUGGCUACAAAAAUGUUAUUGGGACACGGAGAGCGUCUUGGAGAGUGGUAACAGCGAUAGAGAGCAAGGAGAGGGGGGAACCAGGAGAAACUAACCUCACACGAGUGGAGAUUAUCACCAAAUAUAGGGGACAGAUUGAGAAAGAGUUAGUAGACAUUUGCAAUGACAUCCUGGGCUUGUUGGACGCGACCCUCUUACCAUCAGUCGAGGAAAAAGACACUGAAGCAAGAAUCUUCUAUCAGAAAAUGAAAGCAGACUACUAUCGCUACAUGUGUGAGAUCAUGCAAGAGGGAGAAAAGAAGGCAACCACUGCAGGAAACUCACUCGAUGCAUACAAGGCUGCCUACGAAAUUGCCGAAGCCUCUUUGCCUGCCACCCACCCAAUUCGUCUUGGUCUAGCCCUAAACUUCUCUGUAUUCUACUAUGAGAUCCUCAACAAACCCGAUGAGGCACGGAUCCUAGCUCAGCGUGCCUUUGAUAAUGCCGUAAAGGAAUUGAGUGGAAUGAGUGAGACUGACAAUUCAUACAAGGACAGUACGCUCAUCUUGCAGCUCCUUCGUGACAACCUAACACUGUGGAGCUCUGAAGAUCAGGAUGAAGGUGAGACACAGGAGCCAGUGGAAGACCAAUAGGAACUGCUGUAUCACUUCCUUAUAAUUAUGUACACUAAGCAUUACUACGGACACGCAUACUUUGAGUGAACCUUUUAGGUAGUGUUAUCAAUUGAUUAUUUAAUAUGAGUGAAUUUUAUGUAUAUUGUAUAUACGUGUGUAAUUAACAAUAAGACAGUAUUAUCUUUGUGAUGAUAA